CUUCAGUCCAUUAAACUGCUCAGUUCACUGGAAAGCCCCAGAUCUGGGCCCCUGGUCAAGCAAGUCGAAAAAGCAAAAAUGCGCAAGAGGCCGCCACUCUUGCGUGAUCGUCCCGCAGCUAAAACUAACCUCCACUUUUCCUUCCCCACGAUCAACACCACACAUGAACUCACAUAUAGACCACCAAUCCUGAUAAUUUGACCUGCUAUAUCACAGUCUAUUAACCAGCGAUGGCGUGAUCGGUCCCCUAGCUGCCUGCUUAGAUGCACUGGCGACAACUCAAUUGCUGGUGUUCUGUCUGGAGACAUGGUCUUAUUCCUCUGAGGCGGCCCACCGUUCCAUUGUUCUGACUCUCGACGAUGGAGUCUUCUUGCCAUCUGUCGUCACUGGCGAACCACUCCCUGAAGUAAGUUGGUUUCAAGCGUCUUGGGUGAUUGCCGCUGUCGAUGGCGCCAUUCCCGUGCGCUCCGAGGAUUUCAAAGCUGCAAUCACGCCAACUCUCCUUCCCUCGAUAGGAUGGAAUGGGAAUGGAAUGGGAGGAUCCGGGGUUGACUCAUGCCCCCAGUUCCACAAUAAGCUCGUUUCUGGUGGAUCGCCCUUCCUUUCUAUAUAAGUCGUGGUAGCCGUUCAAUCUCUCAUUGUUGGAUUUAUACUUCCAUCCUUCCAUAUUUCAAUCCUGUCCACAACCAGGGACUCCUUAUUCUCUAAGAUAUUCUCCAUUCCUGCCAUUGAGGCUAUACACUCACCAUGGCUCCGUCAUUGGAAGUCCCCGUGGCUGUUGCACCGGCACCCGUGGGAAACAUCGUCAUUCCUAAGAAGGAGAUCGCCAGUGACAACAAGUUCGGAUAUAUCCCUGGUCGGACAACCGUGGAAGACCAUACCGAGUACGCUCACGAAGAUCUGCUGCCCUCUUUUCCGGACAUCCAUUGGGACGCUCUUGAAUACACACCCUACGAGGAUCGAGGCUUGAGGGGAGAUCCAAAAUUCCGGAACCUAUUGAAAGAUGCUACGGCUGUCUUUGAUUACAAUCCGAAGAUUGGCACUGAGAUACACGGCGUGGAUCUAGCGAAACUCACCGAUGCUCAGAAGGAUGAUCUUGCCCGGUUGAUCGCCUAUCGAGGAGUUGUCUUUUUCCGGGCUCAGACGGACUUUGAUAUUGACGCCCAACGGGAUCUGGGAAGACACUUUGGGAAGCUCCACAAGCACGCUACUACCGCUGUCCCAAAGAAGAAGGGUCUCGAGGAUGUUCACGUCGUUUACGCCGGUGACAACGCUGGAGAUAACCGAGCUCUGUUCAGCCCAAGCUUCUUGUGGCACUCAGACGUCACCUACGAAGUACAACCACCAUCAUACACAUCACUAAAACUCCUAACGGGCCCACCCCUCGGCGGCGGCGGCGACACACUCUGGUCCUCCCAAUACGCAGCCUACGACAUCCUCUCCCCCUUCAUGCAAACCUACCUCAAAAAUCUAACUGCCCUCCACUCCGCCGACAUGCAAGCAAACGACUCUCGAGCCAUCGGCCGACCCGUCCGCCGCGAACCAGUCACCACCAAACACCCGCUCAUCCGCACAAACCCGGUCACCGGCUGGAACGCGCUCUUUUUCAACCCAGGUUUCGUCACUAAAAUCAUUGGGAUCCCCAAGGCUGAGAGUGAUGCUAUUAUCAAGUACCUCACGGAUGUUGUCGCCACCACCCAGGAGAUUCAUGCGCGUUUCCAGUGGGGUAAGGAUGACGUUGCGUUCUGGGAUAACAGGACGACGACUCAUUCUGCUUCCUACGGCUUCUCACCACACCGACGCCACGCCGUCCGCGUCGCAGUUCAAGCUGAACGUCCUGUCCUCGAGGAAUCGGGUAAAUCCCAGGAAGAAGACCUGGCUGCCUUGUAUGGACUGCCGGCGGUCAACAAGGAUGGAUCUCGCCAGUCAAACUACAAUGACUGAGUGGGAUGGAAAUACAGGAAACUCAUGACGGAAGCGGGCUUCUCAUUCUUAAUACAUAAGCAUACUUGCACUUCAGACUUAGCGGAAUCAAAGACGGGCGUUAUUUUUCUUAUCUCAA